UCGCCUUGUUAAACGUGUUAAAUACAAGAAAAUUGAUUCGUUGUAUAUCAUUUAUAAGAAAUAAUAUUAUAUUAUUAUUGGUAUCAUAUAUAAAUAUAUUUUAUAUAAAAUAAUAUAUAGCAUAAUUAUUAUUUAUAUUUUAUAAUAUUAUUUAAUGAACAGAAGCCGAUUAUGAAACUUCGAGCGAAGGACCGUCAAGGCUCGUCGAAGGAAAAUCCAGUCACACUCGUUUCUUAUCAAAAUCGCAUUCCGAUAAUAUUCGGAAAGAGGAAGAGGUCGAGAGUUUAAAGGUUUUAGAAACGAACGUGAAAUCGAAUUCAAAUCUAUAUACCUACUUUAAAGAGGACGUAGACGAUAUCGGAAUGAGUUCGGUGUCCUUACCAAUUCUGAGAAAUAUCGAAUCAAACCCUAUUACAGAAGUCAAAGAUCGUAUGAUCUCGGAUUCCUCGUUUGCUCGUCAGCAAAAAUUACAAAUGAUAGUCGAACAAACGGAACUUCUGUUAUCGGCCGAAUCAAAAUUAGUCGAUUCGGUCAACCCGGAAGUCUGUUAUUUGGGCAAGAAAUAUGAACUGAAUAGACGAGAGUCAUUAAUGUUAUUGCCGGAUAUUAAAUUAACGGAUCAAACGAAAAAAUCAAUGCCUAGAAUGAUGAUAGAAAAAUUAGACAAGUCGAUCGAUACAUAUUCGAAAAAUCAAAAAGUUUCUCACGAAUUGAUCGACAUAAUUGAGAAUCCAGAAUUAUCUAGAACGUCGUUCUAUAUUCCACCGUAUACAGUGAACGACGCGUUAUUGGAUAAACCAAAUGAUAAAUAUUAUUCAUUUGAUUCGAGUACAAAAAGACGACGGAGGGUUCACCUUAAUGAUACCAAUGUACUCUUGAAGAUACACGGCGAAUUGUCGCCACUUAGAUGCGAGCUCAGCGAAAUAGCUGCUAAAUUUCGUGCACUGAGAUUACAAAGAAUAUACGGUUCAAUCGAGGAAAGUAAAAAUGUCUCCUCCGGUAGCUACGCGUUUAAUCCAAUGGAUAUCGAUCGUAGUUUGUUGAAGGAGAAUAGUAUCGUCGGCAAUUUGAACACGCAGUUUUCACCAAUGACGAUGGUCGGUAAAUCGAUGUCCCGAGAAAGUUUCAACCAUAUCUCUACCGGUAAUUUCAAGUUUUUCGUUCAAACCGGUUUACAUGAAGAUCGAUCGUACUGUGAACCAAGACAACCAAUGUAUUUUGAUAUAACUUCAGGCAAUAACGAUUCUACGAUCGGAAAAGAAUAUCGUGAUGAAAGAAUCGCAAACUAUUAUACGCAAACGAAUACGCCGUUUGAACGUUAUCAUCGGCCACGAUCUUCUUGUAUUCACGAUCGAUAUCAAAGUGAUAAAGGAAAUGUAGUCAGAUCAAUGGACUAUGGUCAUUCUUAUUAUAAGAAUUUUAUUUCAAGAAAAUCUUACGAUAUCAAUGGGAGCCAAUAUAUUUCACGAGAGAACGCCGAUCAACCCACGGAUUUAUUCAUUCUCGAUAGAUCGAAGGAAGUCGUAAGGGAGGAUCAUCGUAUUCCAUGUGAUCGACGAGAUGGCAAGAGAAAUUUGCGGAGUUCCUCAACGAUGGGCAUGGAUAUCGUUAAACCGAAAUUUAUAGUAGAAAAUUCUUUAUCGAUCGAUAAAGAAUCAUCCUCUAAGAUUUCCCUUUGCAAAAGUAACAGAUAUUCGUCCUUGGACGUCGUCAAUACUUAUCCCAAAAAGAAAAGAUCGACUUCUUCUACGGUAAAAAAUAUUGAGAUGUUUGUAAAUGAAAAUACGUCCAAGGAUUAUCUUAUUCCGCGAGAAUCGAGAUUGGACUUGAAACAUCGGCAUCAUAAACGACAAUCGGAUACAGUGAUAGUUAAUAGAUCUUCUCAAACGUCUAAACAAACAAUCGAUUUUAAAGAUAUAUCAAAUGUCUCGUCUUCUACAUCAUCAAGAAAAAUAAAAGUGAUCAAUUUACCUAACAACAUCGAGAAAGUUAAAAUCAUACCGGUAUUUUUUACAACUGGUAUACCAAAACCAUUAUUUCCAUUGAUAGAAUUGGACGAAGAUCCUGUAUAUUCCAUAAAUAGAAGAGAUAAAUCUAUGAGAUGUGCGUUAACGUUGAAAGAAAAAGAUUCUCUUAAGAUCUCUAAUAAUAGAAAGUCAGAAAUAAGAGAUCCUUCGGAAAGCGACGUAUCUUGUUCCUAUAUAACCAGUCCUCUUACGUUAGAUCGAGAUUAUUUUUCAGAGAACGAACGUUGGAAUUCUGGUAAUAAUCCUUCUAGCAAGAUAACCGUAUCGUCGUAUAGCCGUCGUAGUUCUUCUACGAAGAAAACUACGUCCGCGAAUGCAUUGAAAUACUCUAAUGCUUUAGGAAGCAUUUGUUCCGGUGUGGCAAGGGUCACCGUUUCCGGUACGACCAUGUCCAACCAACAAAAGAGAUUUAAACAAAUUCGAGAGAUCACUCAUGAAAAAGGUAUACGCGGAAUGAGAAGUUCACCGGAAGAUUUUCUCUGCGACACGUGAUUCUCCAAGGAUUAAACGCUUUUGUUCGUGUCUAUCUAUCUUUCUCUCUCUCUCUCUCUCUCUCUCUCUCUCUCUUUCUCUCUCUCUUUUUCUCUCUCUCUCUCUUUCUCUCUCUUUCUCUCUCUUUCUCUCUCUCUAUUUUAUCGUAACGAGAACGAAGACGAAACGAGAUUCAUCCUCUUUUACCCCCACAUCCUCGAAUAAGAAAAUGCCUUUUAUUAUGCGGAAGCUUGAUAGCAAAACCGAAGAGGAAAUAAAUUAAAAGAUUAGAAGGUAAAGCGGAAUGACAAUUUGAAUCUGUAUUAUUCUCGUUUGGUCUUACUUACUAUCGUCGUUUUACCCUAAAGUUUCCUAUCCUUUCAGAAAUUUCUCAUGCCGACAAAGUUCUCAAAGAUUCGAGAUCUAUACAAAAGUCGUUCUUCUUAUUCUUCUUUUCUUCUUCUUCUUCUUCUUCUUCUUCUUCUUCUUCUCGAAAUAAGAUUAAGAGAACUGUAACACCUUCAUCGUAUUCCCAAAUAUACGAUCGAUUUUGCUUUUGAUUGCUAAGAAAUAUCUUUCAAGAGAUAAGAAUAUAGCUUCUCGUAUUUGUAAAUACUUUUAUCUUAUAUUUUAUCGAAUUUUUUUUCUUUUUUUUUUUCUUCUUUUUUGCCCCUUUUUUACGGAUCUAACCAUGUAACAUUAUGAACAUAAAUUACGAAGAAAAAAAAAAAGAAAGAUAAUUAAACGAAGAAACGUUGUUCUCUUUUCUUGUGAGGUGAGAGGGUGGAGAGGAGGGAAUGGGGAUAUAUGUACAUAACAUACUCGUUAUAAUAUAAAUAUCUAUUAUAUAGAUACGACUGUAUCCAUAAUAUAUUUUAAAUAAAACUAUUAGAAUCCUAAUUAUAUCUUUCAGACGUUCAGAGCAUCUUUUAAAAGCCAACUAUUAAAUUGCUAUUUUAGUUGAGGCCGACAAGUUGCUCUAUACAUCGAGCAUCUCUUUCUCUUUCAUAUGCCGCAAUUAGAAAUUUAUGAUUACAACUAUACGAUAUAGUCAGAUUCACUUGACGUCGUUAUAACUCUGAUAAUUAGAAUGUAGUCCGUUCUGGAUCCUCUCUAACGUUAUUCCGGGAGGAAUUAAAUCCCGAAUGGGCUAUUAGCCGCGAUCUAUUAAACGAAAGAUUUGUUUCGUUGAUGAGUAAUUUAACGUCAUAUUUAAUCUAAUCUUUCUUUUCGUCUUAUCCUUUUUUUUUCUCUCUCUCUCUCCCCCUCUUUUCCUCCUCCUUCUCCUUCUUCUUCUCCUUCUUCUAUUCUUUAUUUCGCUUCCGUAUCGAAACAAUUUCGUGUGUCUCGUCGUCUCUCGUGAUCGAGGAAGAAAAAAGAAAAAAGAAAAAAAAAAAAAAGAGAAAAAAAGCAAUUAUCCGUUUCUUUCGGCGCAUUUUUGCACGCUAAAAAGAUAUCUCGUUAUCUCUACGGUGUCAGUGACGUUCUUCGUGCUGGCAAACGAUAAGUGGUCAAUGAGAGUCUUAUGGAGGAUCAACGUUCGCGCGACUUAUUUUCAUCUUCGUACCGGAACCGGUUUUCUAUCGGAUGAAGUCCGCUUGCCACAUCGAGAGAAAGAUUUCACGUAUGUAUGUAUGUGCCUCGCGAGAGAUGCAUACGACUCGUUUUUAUCUUCUUCCUCGUACUUUAACUCUGUUUCUCUUUUAUACUUUUUUCUCUUUUCUUUUUUUUCUGUUUUCUUACUUCUUUUUUCUU